AUGAUAGAAAACACCAAGUUGACGGAGGAAAUUCUCAACGCAGAGUUGUUGAACGAGCAGAACGAGCACACCACCCUGCAGGGAGAAAUCGACAAACACAAGGACUUCAAUGGAGUGGUAAUCUUUGUGUAUCCUAAAGCAGACACACCAGGCUGUACCGAACAGGCCAAACUAUUUAAGGAGAAGUUUGAGGAAUUCACCUCCAAUAACUAUGCCGUGUAUGGAUUGUCCGCCGAUUCAGCUGAUGCGCAGCUAAAAUGGAAGGAGAAGCUGGAACUGCCCUUCGGACUGCUCUGCGACGUGGAGAAGAACGUACUGAAGGAAAUGGGCUGCCUCAAGGAGGACGACCGAAUUGCCAGGUCACACGCAGUGAUCACAAAGGAUUCUGUAGUGUCUUAUUUUAAAAAAGGGGUAAAGCCAGGCAUGUCCGCAGAGAACGUAUUGAACUUUAUCCUCAAAGGAGAGAAAGAGGACGACGAAGCGGAGACGGACGCGAAGGCAGAUGCAGAGGAUGAUGAAGUGGAAGGCGCAGACGAUGAUGAGAAGCAGGCAGUUGAGAAUGACACAGAAGGUGGAGACAUUAAUGGAGACAUCAAGGAAGAAGGUAAGGCAGAUGAGGAAGAAGGAGGUACCAAAGUGGAAGGCACAGAAGGUAGUGGAGGCGAAAAUAAUACUCCUGGAGAGGAAGGAAAGAACCAUGAAGAUGAAAAAGAGAAGAAAGUUGCUACCCCAUCCGAAUCGAAGAAAUCAAAAAAUGGUGCUGCAGCAGGAGCAGGUAAUGUAGUAAAGAGCAAAAAGAAGAGCUCCAAGAAGAAGAACAACGGAGCAAACAAAAGUGGCAAAGCAGCCAAGAAAGGAAUCACUGUAAAAAAAGAAAUAAAAAAAAAAAUGAACAACAAAGGACAACAAAAGAAGCAUGAAAAAGUGAAGUCUAAAAAUAAGCUUGCCAAAGGCAAAAUGGGAAACAACAAAAAAGGAGGCUCAGGAGGGAAUGUUAAAAAAGAGAGCAAAAAAGACGACAAGAAGAAAAACAAAAACAAUAAAAAUGUCAAGACUAACGGAGCAAAGAACAAUAAAAAUAACAAUAAGGGAAAUAAAAUUUUAAACAAAAAAAAUAUCAAGGGUAAGGAUAAACAGAAGGGAGGAGCUGGCAGCAAGAAUGACCACAAGGGGAAAAUGAAGCACAAAAGUGGAGCCGUAAAUGCCAAUAAGAAACCCAUGAAGAAUAAUGUGAACAAGGCAGGCGCGAAGAAUAACGUCAAGGGAAAGGAGGCCAAUAAGAAGGUUGGCAAUAAGAAGAUAGACAAGAAGAAGGAGCACCUGACUAAGAAGAGCAACAACGCUGCUGGAGGAAAGAACAAAAAUGUUAACAUGAACAAGAACAGCAUGAAGAGCAACAAGGUGAAGAAAAUGAUAAAGAAGAAGUGA